CAUGGAAGUUAUCGGUUUCGACCCUGCCCUUCCCAAGGACGCGGCUGCGGAGCUUGGUAUUCAGCUGAUGGACCUGCCCGAUGUCUGGGCUAAGGCGGAUUUCAUUACUCUGCACACGCCCCUCACACCCGAUACCCAGGACCUUGUCAGUGAUGAAUCCAUCGCCCAGAUGAAGGAUGGCGUGAUCAUCGUCAACUGUGCCCGUGGUGGCAUCAUCAACGAGGAUGCCCUUCUCAAGGCGCUCAAUUCCGGCAAGGUGGCAUCGGCCGCUCUGGACGUGUACAGCUCCGAGCCCCCUCCGGAGUCGUCGCGGGAGUUGCUACAGCACCCGAGACUAGUCUGCACCCCUCACCUCGGGGCUUCUACGGAGGAAGCACAGGUAAACGUGGCGCGAGAUGUGGCGGUGCAAAUGUGCGACACCCUUGAGGGCAAGGCCUACAUAGGCGUGGGGCGAUGUGGCAAGAUGCAAGCGCAGAUCAGUUCUAGCAAGGUGGUCAAGGUGGGUCUCCGAACGUAUGGUGGCAAAGCCGCGAACAUCGAGGCGAAUUCUGCUCGCCAGGUGAUUUUGGCCACCGUCAUGAAGGGGCUCCUGCAGUACACCAAAGAAUGCAAAACAGCGCCCAGCUUGAUCAACUCGCCUUUCCUGUCUAAGGAAAUGGGCAUCGAAACAAGCAUCGACGACAAGAUCCACGCCGUCCUGGUCAACUCUCCCUACACCAACGUGAUCACGGUGGAUAUCACGCUGGAAGAUGGAGAGGUUCUACAAGAGCUUGAGGCGGCGGAGGUAAACGUCGGCAGGCUAAACGUUGGCCGCCAAGAGGGCGAGUUGGCCUUGACCAUCAUGGGUAUUGAUGGCGAAAUCACUCCUGACGUGAUGUCCAAGCUUGGUGCACUUUCGGCUGUCCGGGAGGUGUCGGUUGCCAACCUUUCCGCGUAGUCGGCAUGUUCGCAGGACUCGGAGCAGACGUGGUUUAGGUGCCCA